CGGCCGGCGAGGACAGAGAGUGAAAUCGUAGCUUUUUCUGUAAUGUAAUAAGCCUAUGCAUAAUUGAGUUGGUAUGAAGAUCCAAGGAAGUGUAGCCAUUGUCACAGGAGGAGCACAAGGAAUCGGGAAGCAUAUUUGCAGAGCGCUCUUGUCAAGAGGUGGUAAAGUAAGCGUCACUGCAGGGUCUUGUUGUUUAGAAUUGUUUACAUUGUGAAACAACUGAGAGCAGCGGAGAUAUGUGCUUGAAUUGUGAGUCAUGCAAGCGCAAGGAGGCAUAGAAAUUAUUUAUUUCUUUUUGUUUUUUUGGAUCCAUGGCUGAAAGUGACAGGGAUGCUCGUCGGAAAAUUAAAAUUAAAUCCCUAAGGGAGACCAAUGUAGGUGUGGCUUUUGAACCUAAAGGAGACAAAGGGAAAACAGAUGUAACAACAUUUUUUGAAACUUUCCUUAUGUGUAGUCCUAAAAGAUACCUGAAUGGGCAAAUAUAUUGACUUUCCCUCCCAACAACCAUAUGUGAGACCAAAAUCUGCAAUUUACACCCCUAAAACAGACGACGAGCAUCACUUUUAUAUGGAAGUCUCCCCUUCCGGGGGCUCCCUUCUCUACAAUUAAAAAACACUGGGACAAGUCUAGUCAAAAGGAACUACUGGUCUUGAACUGUAAGCUUAGAACAAAAAUAAUAAUAAUACAAAACAACAACGACAACAACAACCAAAAAAACUAAGACAUGUAACUAAGAUAUUCUCCCUUCUUUGUGCUUACUCCUUCCUUUUGGCAAAACAAGGAGGUAAAUGACCACCACCCACCUGGUGGUGGUCUCCCUCACAGCCAUAUUUUGGAUGUCACGCAACGUUAAUGUUGCAUGACAUCCAAAAAACGGCUGCGAAGGGAGACUAACCUGAUGGUGACCUAAUGACCUAUUUUAUAGGCAGAUGAUAUUGCUGUCUUGAGUUGAAGUAGAUUUUGUCACAGAUUUAAAAUCACACAAACUGAGUGUUCUUCAAAAAACAUGUGACUGGUCGCCCUUUGCAUCCUAUAGAAAGUAAGAGGUAGCAGCAUCACUGUAAUAUCUUCAAAUCUUUAACAUUAUUUGAGGUGUGUACAUGUGCGCUGGGACAGAUCACUUUGCCUGUACCUAAACAAGAUGUUGAACAUCCUACCCAUGUGGAACUGGAGUUCUUUCCCCCAAUCUUGUACCCAGAUCUCAUGCUGAGAGAAUUUGAUUGAAGCAUAUGCUCUUACAUCACUUGUCACAUUCCUUACAGGUGAUCUGCAUGUGCACAAAUAUGUGCACAAAUUUAUCUGAUUUGACCAGAUCUCACUUUUGGCUUUAAUUUGUUGACAAGAGGACUGGGUAUGAAAUUAACGGUAAUAAAUCCGUGUUCUCCAACACGAAUACAAAAAAUCCAACCCACCUACAAAGUGAUUAAUUGAACUAAUAAACCGUGGAAACAAAUUAUGAGAUUUGUGACUUUUUGGAAUCAUCAAAUGUUUAGGUUGCAAUAUUUGAUGUAGACCAAGAGAAAGGAACACAACUACAAGAAAGACUGCAAAAGCAAUAUGGAACAGGAGAAGUAAAGUUUAUCACCUGUGAUGUUACAUCAGAAUCGCAGAUGACGGGUGAAUAGCAUUUCAGAUUUAAAUUCUGAGAAAUAAGUUAGUCAAGAUCUUUUUGCUAUAAAAAGACAUGAUUUAAAAUUGAUUUUGCAGGAGAUUAUUAAAACUUCUUUAAUCUUAUAUUAAGAAUAGGUGAGUUGGAGCUGAAGGGUUCUUGUUCAGAUGAUGAAACCACAAAUUAUUACAACUUUCAGUCAAAGUGUAGCCCUUAAUAUUAUUGCCAUAGCUUAAUUAUUAAGCUAUGGCAAAUGUGAAAGUCUGAUGAAGUACAUUACAAUAGAACUGAGGCUGCAGGCUUGCUCAUUCAGUUGACAAAAGCUUUGGAUUGCAGAGUGGGGGGUUAAGGGUUCAGUCCCUUGAGUGACUAGUUGUCCAUUGUCCAGGGAAAACAAAGGAGGGUCAUCACAAGAGACUAUACCUUCAUGUGCGUGGCUCAAUAAAAUCUUGGCCACAUUCUUGGCUCCUUCAGUUGACAAAAGCUUUGGAUUGCAGAGUGGAAGGUUAAGGGUUCAAUCCUUUGAGGGACUAGUUUUCCAUUGUCCAGGGAAAACAAAGGAGGGUCGUCAUUUGCUCAGGAAGAGGCUAUAUACCUUCAUGCGUGUGGCUCAAUAAAAUCUUGGCCACAUUAAACUGGUGGUAGUCCUUUCUCCAGUAGUGAAGAGGUCAUCACAUUAAGUGCCUUCAUGGUUAUUUACAUCGUACUUGACUAAAGUAGAGUAUCUUCUAUAUAUGCAGUCAAUGAUGUAAAUGUCACAUCUUUUUUCAGAAAUUUCCAGAAAUAGAAAGCCUUAGUAUACAUAAUCCUGCCACAAGUUUACUCUAAAAUCAGAUAUUUUGAUAUUGAUCAAUGUUUUUUUCUUUCUUCUUGCUUCAUGGAAAGAUUCAUUCAAGAAGACAAAGGAAGCAUUUGGACAGAUAAACAUUGUUUGCAAUAAUGCUGGCAUAGGUGCUUUAAAUGAAGGGGCAUGUUGGGAAAGAGUAGUGGAUAUCAAUCUGGUAAUAAUAUAAACCCUUUGUCUGUACCUCAGUUAUUGCUGGUGAAUGUUAGCAAGACAGCAUAAUGCUCUUUAUUUAGGAUAAAAGUUAAACCAAAAUUUUUGUUGAAAGCAGUGCAGGAAUUUUAGAACAAAGGAAAAUUUACUAAGCAGGCUACAAAUUCAUUUAAGCUCUUACACCAUUUACAUCUUCUAGAUACCAGUACACACACUUUCAUGUUGAUUUUAAUCUCCUAAAUUAAACUGAUAACUGAAGAUGAUUUUAAAAGAAUUUUUCAGGGAAUUUCUGAAAUUUCUAAAUUUUAUUCUUCAGAAAGGUGUGAUUCGUGGCCAGUUACUGGGAAUUCAACAUAUGGGAUGGUCACAUGGCGGAACAGGAGGAGCUAUAGUCAAUGUAGCAUCAUUAGCAGGUGCGCGCUGCUGUAUAUUUAAAUAAUAAAUCAUAAUAGACCCAUAAGUACAUAGUAUCCUAAUUUUCAGCCACAGGUAGCCCAAGCUCAAACUCAAACUAAUGAGUGAUAAGAUAUAAUAUUGCAAAAUAGCAUUCAUGACAAAUGAAAUGAAAUGAAAAAAGGAUACAUCAAUUGGCUUGGUGUCAGCAUUGAAUUUGUGGCAGCUGGAACAUUUUAAGCCAAGGAUCUUUCGCCUCUCACAUCAGCAUUCCAAACUGGAAUUAUGUGCAGCCAUGUCCUUUUUCUUAGAGAGAGAAACUGACGAAGCUUAAACUUGUCAAAGUCACCUUCAAUCAGGAAAGAAAGGGCAAAGACGGCAAGUAACCAUGGUAUUUUUAUUGUAUGAGGUAUUUUUCUUGAGAAUUCUAUUGUAUUUAUGUUUUCUAAAGUAUAUUGUAAAUAUUCCCAUACAAACCCUUAUAUUUUUGCCAUGAAUGCUAUUUGGUAAUAAUUAUUAUCUCCAAUGACUCACAUCUUGAGCUUAGGCUAGGGCUGCAGUUUUAGCUUCAUUUCAAAUGAAAUUUGGAUCUGCGCUCAAUAACGUUUGCGGAUUUGUGAGUCACAAUCAUUUUACAUAUUUAUGUACCUAUACUUUUGUUCCUACCGGUGAUUUAUUUAUAUAAUUUAUUACCUUUUGUCUGUUACCCCAACACAGCUAUUCUUCCAAUGGGAAGCUGGCAAGCGGUGUACACUGCCACAAAAUCUGGCGUAAUGGCACUUUCAAAGAGCUGUAAGGUCAGUAAACUAUGGAUGAUAAUAUUAUUUUUAGACCAGGCAACAUCUUAUUAGGCAACAUUUAUGUUAACUGUCUUACAGCAAAUUUGCAGUGUUUGGAUACUUUUGGUGGUUAGCUUGAAAGCAAUUUUCCAUUGUACACUUUUCCCAAAAAUGUGUUGUCCAUUCUUCUCUACAAAAAUACAUAAAAGUAAUGGACACAGAUAAAAUGGAACGACAUUUGUCAUUGAUUUCUGUGUGACACCAUUUUAUCAAGCAGGGGCCUUUUUCUUGCAAAUCCCCGUAGAAAAGGAUAUUUCAUGUUUGCAUGUCAUCUAAUCCACUUUUAUGUUACCCAACUUGUAAUUUCCGAUGUGGCUUAGCUUUUAAACUCACAUAAUCUAUAUAUAGUUUGGGGUACGCUGCUUUACAACCAAAACUGUCCAAAACUCCAGAUAAGUUUGAAAAGCAACUUUAUUUCCAUGUUUAGGAACACCAUCCAGCUAAUCCGGAUUAAACUCGAAAAACAGGAGUUGCAAGUCAUUUUGGAGCCUUUUAUUUCUUGAGUGUUUUACGGAAAUUUCAACCAUUGUUUCGUUUUCUAUAAAUUAAGAAACUGCUCAUUGGUGGAACAACUUAUAUAAACACCAAUGAAAUACCAAGUGAGCUUUCGUGUGAAAACUUGAUAUCCUCACAUGUAAAAAUAUCACCAUUGCUAUGGCUUCAUAAUAAACCACACCUUUCAGACCAAAAAACUAUUUCAGUAAAAUGGUUUGGCAUUUCAUUGGUAUUUAUAUAAUAAAUAGAACAUUACAUGGUUGCUUGGAGAAUAUUUUUCAACACUCGAAGAGAAAUUUUGUAUCUCGGCGCGGCCAUGUAAUAUCCUCUAUUUAUUGUUAUUAUUAGUAGUAUUAAAUAGUAUUACUAUUAAAUUUGGGUAAUAAUUCGUCUUUGAUAGGAUCUCAAAGAAACAGAAGGAAUAAGAGUAAACUGUAUCUGCCCUGGCUUCACAAAUACAAAGAUGGUAAAGAAUCCACAAUUUUUGGCUAGUGAAUCUUCAUACAGAGAAAAAGACAUCAUUUCCAAGCUUGGUUUGAUCAGGUGAGGUCACAGGCAACCACAGAAACUUUGAAGUGAGAGCCAGCCCUAAUAAAUGUGGCAGGGCAGUGCACUGGUACACCUCAACUCAGAUUCAUAUAGCUAAUAUUAGCUCACAGGUUGCUUAAAACAGAUUAUUAUUCAUUCAAAAUAUUUCCCUGAUUCUGAUUGGCUAAAAGCACACGCAUAGUUCACUAUAAAAAGUUUCUGAUGACAACAUUUGGAAGAAUUUUGUGUUUCACGAGGAAAGGAUGUCAAAAAUGCAGCGUUCGUGCAGGUUAAGGCACCGGUAACCGAGAAGACCUGGGGACGAGGUUGACUUGUUUUGAUUGUGAAAACGAAAAAUGGCGGACAUUUCACUCAUUUCAAGAGUAAGAACUAGGCGAAAAAUAGCUAAAAACAUGGCCAGAACAGCAAGAAGACAACUCGAAGGGCGAAAUCUGCUAUUUGAAGAAUAUUUGCGGAGCUGGACAAACUUAAACGUGCACUAUCGAAGAUGAACUUAACAUCGAUGGAUCGAUGGAGGUAAGCAUGUUUUAGCCAUGUUUUUAAACUAGGAAUUAUUUUGAAUGUAUAAUAAAACAAUUAUUGAAUUCAGCUUUCGUAUCAUAUGAAGAAUUAUGGAGAUCUCGGAGGGUGUUAUCCAUCGAGGCCCCAUAACACCCUCCUCGAUCUCCAUAAUUCUUCAUAAGAUACUCAGCCUCAUUCAUUAAUUGUUGAAUAUAGCAUUGAUUGAAGGCACGUUAAAUUUGUCUUAUAAUAAAAGUAACAAGGUAUCAACCUCGUUCCCAGGGUUCUCUCCUACCCGCCCUAUGUAGGGCGGGUAGGAGAGAACCCUGGGAACGAGGUUGACAAGGUAUAGUCUUACCUUCUAACAGUCUACGAAUACAGCUGCCUCAUAUCUUGGCCUCUCUCAAGACACAUUUGCCGAGAGAGACCAAAUUGCAGACCUCUCUCUUGAGUAAUGUCACAGCAACAUGAGACAACAGACAGACAAACAGAAAUGAAGUCAAACAGACAGCUGAGCAGGGAAGCAAACAGGCAGAUUGCAUAGAAGCAGAUGUGCAGACAGCAGAGAAGCAGACAACAGUUCCGGGGGGGACUCCUGUAUAAAAGUGAUAGGGAUGCUUGUUGUCUCGCUUAGAGGUGUAACUUUCCGAAUUUGGUCUAACUUAGAGUAUUUGGGAUGGAAAGGCAUUGUAUUGGCCCAUUCAUGUCAGUUAUCGCUUAGGGCUGUGCAUAAAGAAAUUUACAAAGAAAUGCCAUGACCUUUAGGGGUCAGUUAAAGCUUCAGUCACACCCACCUUGGUUUCCCUUAGGGAUUAAUUUUAAUUUUCCGACGAGCAUCCCUUUAAAUGGGCGUUUCCCCCCGGGCAGCAGACAUACAGACAGUGAACAUGCAGACAUGCAUACAGCUGACAGACAGACAAACAAGCAGAGAAAAAGACCUGCAGAUAUGCAGACAACUUGAAGUAGAGAAACAGAUAAUCAGACAGCAAAAAAGCAGAGAUACAGGCAGCAGAGAAGCAGACAAGCGCACAGCAGAACGUGGACAAGCAGACAAAGAGAAGCAGAUCUGCUUCCCUCCUGUCUGCCGUCUGCACGUCUACAGCAGCAGGGAAUCAGACGUGCAGACCUCACACAGCAGGGAACCAGACAUGCAGACAAUUGCAUACCGCAGAAAGCAAACAAGCAAACGCACAGUCAUGGACGUCGCCACAGACCGCAGUUUAUAGCAGAAAAACAAGCAUUUGCAUGUAGACACGCAGACUUGCAGGCAAGCAAACAGCCAACACGCAGACAGGCAGACCGACGUCACGGGUUUGAAUCCUGUUAAAAUCUUAAUUUUUUCCAGGCUUUUUUUCACAACUUCUCGAGUUACUAAUGAUCUUUCAGAUUAAUGGUACUUAGAAACGAAAACUCCAAGUUGGCGAUGAGAUUAAAGCCCAUCUCCUCCCAUGACACUGGCGUGGUGCUCUUAACUCUGGUGUACGGCGAAACCCACAAAAUUUCAUAAAUUUCCAGUUUACUGAUAAUUUUUUUCUUUUUUGACAGCCCAGAAGAAGUUGCCAGUGGGGUUAUGCAGUUGAUUGAGGAUGAAAAUUACAAUGCAGCGGUCAUGACGGUGACAAAAACGAAAGGAAUUGAAAUAUUGGAAAAAUGGACACCAAGACUGAGAAAGUCUAAUCUGUAGGGAAGAUAUUUUUAUUAUGAAUAAUUCAUGUCCGAGUUCCAAAAGCCAUCACUUUCAAACCGAGGCCACGUCCAAAACCUUUCCUGUGAAAAUGAGUUUUAUUUUCAUCAGCCACCUUCUUCAAAAUUCCUUAAAUCGUACUUGAGUAGUUAAGACUAAUACUUGCAUUUAAAUGGCGUUUUGAAUAGUACUUGAAAUUUAAGAUGAUUCUUUCCUUUUUCUGGAAGAUGUCCUUUUAGAAGAGCAAUGUUCAAUACUCAACGUUCAUCUUUUGCGUGUUCAUCCAUGUGUCUCAGUUAUUCUAAGAAAGUUGUCAGGUAGUCAACCAUGUCCUUUGCUGUGAAGGGCAGUUUUGAUUUUUUUCUCUAGUUUUACAGUUUAAGCGACGAGAAAAGCGCUUAAAAAUUAGUCUAAUGGCCUUGAAAAGUCUUUGCUUUGUUAAUAAGAAAUACACAGCUUUCAAAAGAACGACUUGCCUAGUGUUACCGCUGAAGCUUCAAGAGACGUCGUGUCCGCAAGUCUAAGAAGAAUAGGCCCCGGAUAGGAAACUGAAAAACGGCUAUUUUCUUUUCCUUCGAAACAAACACGACAACAGUUUUUUCAUUUUUCAAAAUUGAAAAACUAUUGAUUACAACAAAAGAUUAUUCCAGCAAAGUUGUAGCUGGUUGUAUUGUGGGCUAAUUAACUCGGUUAUUACGGACAACGGACACUUUUCUGUGUACCAAGUCACAGUCUCUCAUGCAUCGUCAAGUCCGCUUUACGGACACUGGGUAUCUGCACACUGUCUAUUUUCAUUGUAAACAUUUUAUUUUAUUUCUCAGUCGGUCUGACCCUACUGUGGCCCUUACGACGGCCCUUUCAUGAAUAGCCUGUUACAGGCUCUGAGAUAGUCCGCUGAAUUGUGCGAGCGCGAACACGAAACUAAAACGAAAAGAAACUGGGGAGAGCAGGGGCGAGAAGGCUCUCUGUCCCUUCCUUUUUCCUUUUUCCCGCCCUAACAACUUUUCGCGUGCGAUUCGCGUGCCUUUUACUUCCCCGUCUUCCCCACUAUCUGAGAGCCUGGAACUAGCCUACGUGUAGCCGCAUCCUCCCCCCCGACAAAGGAGAAACGGAGGGGAGGGUGCGGGUACACGUAGGCUAGCCUGGAACAGGCUAUUUCAUGAAGUUUUCUGCUUCCCAUUUUACAAGUUUCACUUCCUUGGCUUUGUGCUUCAGUCAUUCGUUGUUCCUUGGUAUAUUCAUGUCGAUAAAACAUGUGUCCGUGACUGUUUUCUAAGACCCUUCUUAAUACGGACACAGUGGCAUGUCCCGUUGGUGUCCGUAGUAACCGGGUUCCACUGUAUUUUAAAUCAUGAAAUUGUACUCAAAAAGAGAAAAACUAUUUCCAAUGAAGUUUGUAAGGAGAUUGAAAUCAAUAAAUGAAAAUCGGG